AUGAAAUCCUUUGCCCUUCCCCUCCUCCUCUCCCUUGGGACUCUUGCUCUUGCAUCUCCCUGCAGUCCUCAUGGAGUGACCAUAACCCCCCAGCAAAUCCUCCACGUCGCCCCAAAUACCACAACCUGCGCCGAUGCCCCCGCCAACGCCGUCGGAGAAUGCGCAACAGCCAUCCAGGCGGCCCCCGCCUUGUCCACUGCCUUUACAAAGUACGCUCUAACCUCAAAGGCCGAGCAAGCUGCUGUUCUGGGCCUCAUUGCGUUUGAAUCGGGGGAGUUUAUGUACAAUCGGAACCAUUAUCCUGGUGUUCCAGGGCAGGGGACCCGAAACAUGCAAUCCCCGGCCUUCAAUGCCGAGUACGCCUCCUCCAUCCCCGCGAUCAAGGAGCAAGCCAAAGCCGUCAAGGAUGACCCGGAUGCCGUGCUGGAUCUGCUCGUUGCCGUUCCCGAGUAUGACUUUGGGUCUGGCGCGUGGUUCCUUACGACGCAGUGCGAGGAACCAAUUCGGACAGCGCUGCAAAGUGGAAGUGAGGAGGGAUGGAAAGGGUUUAUUGUUGAGUGUGUGGGGACGGAGGCGAAUGAUGCGCGGAGGGGGUAUUGGGUUAGUGCAAAGGAGGCUUUGGGAGUUUAA